UUUAGGUUUCAUUUGACAACGCGUCCUCGACCGAUACGAACGUGAAUUAGUUUUCUUUCCGUUUUGCCAUAUAAGCCAGAACAGUGGCUAAGCCAAUAAUAGUUUUGGUGCUCAAGAGACAAAAUUGUGACAGUCGGAGGUUGCAUUCGAAUUAACUACGUAUGCCAGUGCUGGUUGGGCUUUCGAUUCAAAGUGAUAAUUAAAAUUUAUCGUUUAUCUAUGUAAAUCAGAGUGGAAGAAAAACUGUCGUUGACUUUUUUGUUUUCUGAUUUUGUUUUGUGUAAACAUUUUGAAGUCAUUCGAUUUUCUAAGUUAAUUAGUGUGAUCGGUGAUAUUCAAUGAAACGCAGGAAAACAUUAUUAUAAUCAUGACAACGUGUGGAAGCCAGAUGUGCUAGAAACUGUAUGUGUUUGAUAGUUCUGAAUCGAAGAAAUUGGAUUAAAUACGGACGCAUCCAUGAAAGAUUUUUGCCAGUGGUGUUUAACAAGUUAUGGCCAGUAAUGGGGGAACUCUACAUGGGGUCCCCCAAGCACAACCGGGCUUAGGUGGGCAUCAUAAUUGCUCUCAUUGUGGACUCUUUUUCGAGAGCUCUUCAUCCCUUCAAGUGCAUAUGCACUAUCAUCAUGAAACAAUGAAUUGUUGGGCUCCAACUUCUACCGGGAGUGUACCCAGUUCGGCAACAUCAACGACGCCAACAUCAGAUUCAGAAAACAACAACCAACCAUCGUUGAAAUCACACAUCAAAUCUACUUCGCCCCAUCAAACGAUAGCAGCCGCUGCUGAUUCGAGUGAUAAUCAACCGUCAACUCCUCAACCGUCGACGAUUCCUGAGCCAGGUACGCCACAGAGUUUUACUGGAGGUGCAUCUCCAUAUCAACAGCCAACAUCAAUUAUAGCUCCUGAAAUGCAUUAUCCUACCUACAUUCACGGGUAUGAUCCGUACUAUCAUCCUGCGACAAUUGAUUACGGGAACCCGUUACCACCUCCUCACAUUACCGGUCGGACGCAGCCAGAGUACAAAGCAGUGCCUUCAGCGAGAUACCAUCCCUAUAACAAUAACAAUCUCAGCAACGGUAAUCACCAUCAUCAAAUUCCCCCAAAUAACGAAGCAGCUCCUCUCAACAGUGCUAGUUUGAGUCCUCAAGUAAGUUCGUCAAGCAGUACCCAUAACGCAACACCUCAAGCUGCAACAACAGUUGCUUCCUCAACUACCUCAACUUCACCUCAGCAAAGAACUUCUCACAUUCCGCCGACGCCUUCACCGUCUCCAAUUCAAUGCGAAAAGUGCGGGCUCGUGUGUGAUACAGAAGAUGCAUUAAAUGAGCAUGAUGCAACAAUUCAUCAGAACCAAUCUCAACAAUCAACAGCUCAGCAAACAGUAGAACCGAACAAUAUGAAUCGAAGUGAAGAAUCAGACAUACAAAGUGGAUACUCAUAUAGUAAUAAUCCUCAACCGCCACCACCGUUUGUCAAAGAAGAACCAGCUCAAUCAGACAUUCUAGAUCUGGAUUCACAAAAAAUGGUCUACCCACCAGAACCAGUUCUGCCUCCCAUGAACUCGUUACACCCCUUACAAUCGAUGCAACGACAUCCAAUGAUGUGGCCACAUGAUCCUCAUAAUUUCAUGCCCCCACACGCUUCUCAUGAGCUGAAAGCUCCUUACUAUCAUCAUCCCAUCAAAUCUGAGUACUCCCCAACACCGACGAUCAAAAGCGAAUACCAGCAGCAUGCACCAAUGCAUAUUAAAACCGAGUACGCUUCGAUUGCGACUCCUGCUGCCAUUAAAAAUGAGUACAAUCUUCCUCCAUCGCUUCCUUCAGCUCCAACAGCCAACCAAUCGGUGAAACCUUUUCCUGAAGAAAUAAGUGAAAAUAACCAAAUGGCUACAAGCCCGUCGGAUUUUCCAAGUACGACUACACCCCAAGAAAAUAAUUCACAGUUCAGGAAUUUUGAACCCCCUACAUCAUCGUUGCCAAACAAUGCACUGCCGCAAAAGGGAACUGCUUGGAAAACCAACGAAGCUAGGCGUCCUAAGACUUACAAUUGCACAGCUUGCAACAAAUGGUUCACUAGUUCUGGCCAUUUGAAGCGUCACUAUAAUACAACUUUGCAUAAGAAUGCUGUCAAGUCUAGUGGUCAACCUGAUCCAGCUACUUUGCCGAUCAGCGUUCAUCACCACCCAGGAAGAGAUCCUAAUUAUAUCAACAAAGGUCGACGUGGAACCACAGCCCAAAUUCAACAGCCAAUACAACAACCGGUACCACCUCCUGAUCCUCCUAGAAGUCCUGACUAUGGAUCACAAUACAGUGCAUCGGGGUUUACAGCACCUCAAGUAACCUCGAACCAGGGGUUCCACCAAUACAAUUCCAACCUUCAAUCAAACUCUUCAGCCGUUCCCCCAAACGGGGUAGCAGGUCCCUCCGUCCUAGCCUCCCAACCGAGGGACCUGCAGACCAUCUCGAACAGCAACAUGGAAAUGUUGCACCAGCAGGAGCAAAUGGAACAAAUGCCUAUUAUCACCACCACCACCACCCCCACCAGCAUCCCAUCGCCACUCCACAGUCAGUCCAUCAUCAAUACAACGGAGCAUUACCACAUCACCAGCCCUUUAAUUACCAACACCAGCAUCCCAUCAUUCCAAACCAUCCUGCCGGAGGCACCGAGCUAUCACCAUAUUAUUGGUAAUCAUGCAACGCAAUCCGACACCAGCGACAUGAUUACAAGUGAUCAUUUUUUCUCAAUCAACGGUUUCGACGCUAGCGUCACCGUUCUACCGUCAACGAUAACUCCUAUCUCGACGGAAUUCCCUCGAUAUCCGGGGGGCGCCGAGAUGUAUCAAGGCGAUACGGCGCCCCCCUUUUCACCGAAUGUACCGGAGCAAUACCAACAAACCGACUCCCUGUUUACUGAACUCCGCCUGCAAACACCACAACCAGCUGCAACGGCACCGUCAAUGUCUCCGGCACCGUGUUCCCCGCGUGUAACAUCCACCGAGACCAACAUUUCGGCCGACAGUCGUCCCGCCGAAGUACACCGGUGCGAUGAAUGCGACAAGGUCUUUAACAAGGUAUGCUAUUUAACCCAGCACAACAAAACCUUUCAUUCUGGUGACAAACCGUUCAAAUGCCAUCGAUGUGGAAAACGCUUUCCAUGCGAUCAAACCUACGAAGAGCAUUUAGCGAAACAUGGCGGAGAAAAACCAUUCAAAUGUGAGUUGUGCCCGAAACAGUUCAAUCAUAAAACUGAUCUUCGACGGCACAUGUGUCUGCACAGCGGUUCGAAACCAUACGCGUGCGAUCAAUGUGGUAAAGGAUUCAUACGCAAAGAUCACAUGCUAAAGCAUUGCGAAACUCAUAAAAAGAAAUCGAGCGCUGGAGCAAAGAAAAUCUUAGCCGGAAAGAUGGGAAUGCGAGUCAAUACUCUGAAGGAGAUCAUGGUAGGCGACGAAUGACAUUGGUGUGCAUCCCGUUGUCUUACGCCAGAACCAUAAGCAGUAUGGCGUGCAGAAGACGAGCGGCAACGGGACAAGAUGGCCAUCUGAUAAAACGGUAAAAAAUAUUAUUCAUUUUGGUAUGAACAAAAAUUGAAAAGCAAUGAUGGAUUUCUUUUGUGUUUUCUUUAAUCAUAUUUUAAUACCUGUAAUCUGCUAUAAAAGCAGUUGCAUGCUGAGCAAGCAAAUCACAAACCAUGUUUCCUAAAAACAAAACGAAACAAAGUUACCUAUGAAACCUCACUUACCAAAACCAGGUGCAGUACUCUACCUCAAAAGAUGCGACAAUGUAAUGAUACAAUCUGAUUAAUAGCCAAUCACUAGAUUAAUUGAAAACGUGAAUAUUUUAAGCCACAUCCACACCUACCUCAAUAGCAUAAAUUAUUCUUAUUUUGCACCGACACUCCUCCGUUUUCCGGAUAAUCGGUGCAUUAUAAGCUAAGCAAUUGAACAAAGUUAUACAUUUGCAUAAGAAAAUAAUAUUUACAUUUGAACAUAAACACCGAUAACGCAAUCUUAAGGACAUUUAAUUGGUGUUAUAGAUCAUUCUCAGACGAAAAAUAUUUCACAACGAUCAUGCAAACAGAUAAAUGAAAUAUUUUAAAUAUCAUUUUAAAAGCAAUAUUCAAAAAAUUAGCUACCGGCAGGAAUUUAAAACACUUCAAAGUACCUAUUAAAGAAAACCUCCUUUAUCACUAUAACAGGAAAAAACAGAAGGUUCAUAUUCUUAGAAUCGUCUAAAUGUAUCAGUAGAGAUUUAAAGAAACACAUACAGAAAAAUAUAAAAAUAAACCAAUAAUGUACAAACUGGAUUGAAUAAAAUGUUAAGUGUAAAAAUGUUUGAAUAAGAACUAUAUACGAAAAAUUCAUUCUUGUUGUUGGAAAAUAAACACAAACAAAAAAAAACAUUAGCAAAACAGAUCAUCUUGUGUCUAACCAAGCUUCACAAAUCAUUGUGACCAGUGGUUAAGAAAGGCUACGAUCAACAGACACAGUACAUACAUAAUAAUCCUGCGAACCGAAACUGUAUUAUCAAAUGGUUGUGUUAGAUUAAUUAAUUACCUAUUAUUGUGGAUUAGGAGUUUUCCGCCUGGCCCGUCUUCUGUUCUGUCGUUCUCUUUGGUUUUUGUGUUUCCAACCUCCGCUCAGUUUCGACUUCCACCCUCGAAAACCAAAACAACUUCAGCUUCAACCGUUGGAAUGCUUCCGUCGGAACCAUUGGAACGUUUUUCGCCGCGUAAAGCAACAGAAUCCAUUGCUCUCACGCGCCCUUUCCAUUCCUUCCUAAAGUAUCCAGUUUGGAACCAAGUCCUUGGUCUCAAUCACAGCAAACUUUGGUAUUGUUUUGUUCUGUCUUCUCUACAAACGGGACGUUAAGUUGUGUUCCCCCCUCAGGAUAAAGUGAUACAAUCACCAUCAUCGGCCUACUCCGUUCGAGUAUUUUCCGCAGUAUUGUUGGGUGGUGCGCUAUCAUCACCUUUAUGAGCCAUUUAAUUUAUGAUCUUCCAAUCCACAUUGUGAGUUCGUUAUAACUUGGUUGUUUAUUCAUUUGUGAAACAGAUGUACGCGUGGUAUUUUUAGAACAUCUUAUGCAAAGUGAAAUGUUUAGUUACCUAUACUGUAUAGUCAGUUACACAUUUUUGUAGGUUUUGUUCAGCCGUCAUACAGAAGUUAUAUUUUAUUUAAUUGAUAUUGUACAUAUAGUAUUGAGCCAAAAUAAAUCUUUUUUUAUAUAACGGCCUCUGGAUCAAGUUAUCUUUUAGUUUUUAAGACAAUAUGUUUAUAUGAGAGAAAAAAAAGGUCGAAUAGGUUUAAUUUGAAAUCAGUAAGAAAAACUAUUCGAAUUAAUAAAAGACAAAUUAAAAAAAUGAUUACAACAUAAUUAAUCAUAUCAGAAACAACAACAUGAUAAUUUGCAAUACAAAAUGGAACUUUAAAGAAUGACAUAUCCGCAGUUGUGAAGUAAAUCAUAAAAAAAACAUUACUCAUUUGUCUGAACACAUAUCCAAUUUGAUUUCGAAAACGUAGCCAAAAGAAACGAAAAACAAACGUGAAGUAAAAAAUAUUUUCAUAUCGUUGUAAGCAUUAAAUGUGUAUUUGAUAAUGGUAAAAUCCAGCAGCAGUAAUGCAUCUACUCAACACAUAUAGGAAAAAAUAAUUCAAAAAAUGUGUAUCUGAGUACCAGUGUAUUAAACCAUAAAUAUCAUGUGAGAAAACAAAUAGGUCAGACACUUUGUCAUGUUCAGAAAAAAAAUCUUAUUUGCUCAAACUCAAACCUUUAUUAGAUCGCUCAAAUAGUUCUUCCUGUUGAUUGGGUUGUUUUUAUUUUGUUUAAGGUUAUAUUUGUGAAACAACCACAAUCAGGCAAAAUACGUGUAAAAGUAUCAUGCUGAUAGAAUUAUGUUGCCAUUUUAUGUUUCAAACAGCCUCACAGAUAGUCAAUAAUAAUGUUAUUAUUUACAACUCAGUCAGCAAACGAUGAGAUUAGUUAUUUAGUUUACGACGCUGUAUUAAAAUUAUAAUCAAAUGAUAAAUAGAUUGAGAUUAUGUUUAUGAACGCAUACAUAUGAGUGAAUUACGUAAUCGAAUUGAAAAAGAGAAAAGGGUUAAAUUAUAUGGAAAACAAAUAAAAUGGAUGAAAAUGUAA